GUAUACCGAGGCCCUGCAUGGAUAGUAAUCGCAUUGGACCACAUGGAUCUGCCAAGUCGUAUAGCAAACAAAGGCGCAGAAUCCUGCCCAAUACGCACAACGUCUAGCCUUCUUAGUCUAGACAGUGUGGAUAUUAUGGGUGCACAUUGAGUGACGGUGAUCUUGGAGUACUCAUCUCUUUUCAGGCCCGGGUCUUGAAUAAUAGACACCCGGUGCUCCGUGGAAGGCGAGUCGUCUGGCUCGCCUUAGGAAAUUCCCAUCACCUCUGUUUUCUCAUGUUUUUUUAGGGUUUAGAAUCCUUACAGGCAUAUAUUGCUUGUUUCUAUAGUCAAUAUUCUAUCCUCACUAUGAGCCACCAGUGCUCCGGUCAGAAGCGGUGGUAUGUCUGCUCUCAAGGCCCUUUCCAGGGAUGUUGCUCUGUCGACCCAUGUUCUGCUGGUGGUGUUUGUCCGGACGAUGAUAACACGACAACGGAUACCACUACCAGCACGUCUACAAAGAUCCAUGCUGUGACACCCACGAACCCAGUAUCUUCGAAACAGUCCACCUUUGAAACCAGCAUAGCUACGACUAGUCAUCUUGAAACCACCAGUACUCCCGGGACCACCGCCGCUUCUACAUCCAGCACAUCACCCAUCAGUACUGACACCGGUACGAGCGCUGCCGACAAUGUCAAUGCCGAUGCGGAAACCGGCCAUGAAACGCCCGUUGCGUCUAUCAUAGGAGGAGUGAUAGGGGGCAUCGCAUUUCUCAUACUCUUUGCUAUUGCCUUGUUUUUCGUCUAUCGCAAACGCAAGAAGCGUGUAAGGCGACUCACCUCCCUUCGCAGUCCUCUCACUGAUAUCUUCAAGGAAACGACAUUUGAUACCGACAACAAAUCACCACAGAAUGACCCAACGAGUACAGAACAAGUCAGACACGGUACACAAACAAAGACCCCUUCCUAUCCCCCUCUACACCUAGUAUACACACACACAGAGAGAGAGAGAGAGCGCGCAAACUAACCAACACCAACCAGCACCAUCAAAGAAAGAAAAAGCAGAAACCAACUCUCUCCUCACUCCUACCGAUUACUCCACCAACGGUACCACCCCCAUCUCACCAACGUCCACCGCAGCCGAACUAGACGCAUUCCACCUCUACCCUCCCCAAAAACCCUACACCCUAUUCACGCACCCAAACGCCUCAACCCCCGAGCUCAGCGACACAGGAGUCUACACUCCCCGCGCCGAACUACCAGCACAGCCCACCCGAGAACUUAUAAACAUCCCACCGCACCAACGC